AUGGAGCCGGACGUGAUCGCUAGCACCAAGGCCAACAGUCUGAAGGUACAGCGCGGCGGCGCCAUCGUGGCGCUGUGCGCAGAGCCGCGCCCAGACCCCGCGCCGCACCCGCAGCCCGUUGCACCUCCUCGCAGGAAGAAAAGAAACAAGUUGCACAGUUCGACUUCUCUUUCUACGGUGGACGGUGACAACAUUAGCGUCUGUACCACCGACACGGACGAGUACAGAUACGUACCCAGGCCGCUUCAUUCACACCUCGAUAAUGACGUAAUAGAGCCAAACUCCACGAGCACUAUGAACCAGUCUAUGGCGCUGCCGAGCCCUGCGAGCACCAUAGAGUCUCUCACCAGAGAGUUCCAAGACUCACUGGAGCUGUCACAAUCGAAAUACGCCAGCGACCGGUCGUCCCUGAGCAUCCACGAGUCCCGCUCGUCGGAGCGCGCGAGCGAGUCGUCCCGCAGCAGCACGGCGCAGUCGGGCGGCGCCCUGCCCCGCGCGCCCCGCACCCCCCGCACCGCGCCCCACUCGCUCGACAUCAAAAGCGAUUACGUCGCGCGCGUGGAGGACGAGCGCGGCGUGCGCACGCACAGCGAGGGCCGCGCUCAGCCCGCCGCGCGCACGCACAGCGCCAGACGAAGUAACUCUGACGGUAUGGGCGGGUCCCGUCGUCGAUCAGCUGGCGACGAGCAGCAACUCGGCAUCUCGCUUAGAACCCGCACAACCUCCGGGAACCAACUCACCGAUAUCGAGAUACUGGAGCAGGUCACGGUGCUCAACCUCGACACAGGCGAACGUGUCCCGCUGAGCGUGGCCGAGCACAAGCUGCCCCAGUGCAUCAACCCGCUCAGCCUGCACAUCAUGAGGCUCACCUCCGAGUACAUCGGCCGCCCCAACGACGACGACAACGUCAGGGAAACGGAUGAAGAAAGCGAGAGCGUCUGCGCAGGCGGCGCCGAAGAUGAGAUCAAGGAGAUGAAGAGAGAGUCCACAGACAGACAGACUACUGGUAUUAAGAGAAAGACUGACAGGUUGAAGCGUUUUUUCGGGAGUACGGUGAAGAAAACCGUCGACGCGGCUAAAUCUUUAGCUCAGGAAGUGUCCCACGCGAGGCAUAAGGAGGACGUGGCGGACAUCGCGGACGACGUCAGGGGCGAACACAAUAUAAAACUGAAAGCGUCGAACUCACACAAAGGACCUUACGAUUUUGAUGGUUGUGUUAGACAUGAGAUGGGUUCAGGCCACUGCGGCGCGGUGUGGUGCUGCAAGUUCAGCGUGUGCGGGCGCCUGCUCGCCACUGCUGGCCAGGACAAGCUGCUGAGGGUCUGGGUCACCAGGGAUGCUUAUCACAUGUUCCAGGAUAUGCGAACGAAAUACAACGCCGAACAGAAAUCAUCACCGACUCCAUCACAAGAAUCUUUAGCAUCUCUUUCCGCACCUCCUCCGAGUCCAGAAGACCAACCCCCUCUAGGGCCUUCUGCUCCCUUCUGUCCGAAGCCUUUCUGUGUGUACUCGGGUCAUACCUCCGAUCUUCUGGACGUCUCCUGGUCAAAGAACUACUUCAUAUUAUCAAGUUCGAUGGACAAGACCGUCAGGUUAUGGCAUAUUUCGAGAGGGGAGUGUCUUUGCUGUUUCCAGCACAUAGAUUUUGUAACGGCUAUAGUUUUUCAUCCAAGAGAUGAUCGUUACUUCUUAUCUGGAAGUUUGGAUGGAAAGUUGCGAUUGUGGAAUAUACCUGAUAAAAAAGUGGCAGUAUGGAACGAAGUCGACGGCAAAACAAAAUUAAUAACAGCAGCAAAUUUCUGCCAAAACGGCAAAUUCGCAGUCGUCGGCACUUACGAUGGCCGCUGUAUAUUCUACACCACCGACCAGCUGAAGUACCACACUCAGAUAGACGUCCGCUCCACCAGGGGAAAGAACUCCACCGGACGGAAGAUCAGCGGCAUCGAACCCAUGCCUAACGACGAUAAGAUCCUUGUCACCUCCAAUGACAGUAGAAUAAGGUUAUACGACUUAAGGGAUUUAAAUUUAUCAUGUAAAUAUAAAGGUUAUGUAAACGUUUCCAGCCAGAUCAAGGCCUCUUUUUCCCACGAUGGAAAAUAUAUAGUCAGUGGGUCAGAGAACCAAUGUAUUUAUAUAUGGAAGACUUAUCACGACUAUUCGAAGUUCACGUCGGUGAGGAGGGACAGGAACGACUUCUGGGAGGGUAUUAAGGCUCAUAAUGCGUUGGUGACGUGCGCGGUGUUCGCUCCUAACCCUGAUCAUAUGAUCCGGAUGAUCAACGAGAGGGAAGAGGAGGCUAAGUUGGCGAAUAAAGAUGCUGAGGAGAAAGAGGAAGUGAAGGGUGCGGAGGGUGGGAUGGUGUCCUCCUCCCAGACGGGUCACGUGCUUGUGAGCGCGGACUUCAACGGUUGUAUCAAAGUGUUCGUACACAAAGCUAAGCCUAAACACAGCUCGCUGCCAGCCUCUGCGCUCGCAUAA